GCUGGGGCGCGGCUCCGAGCGAAGGCUAGGGCGCCGCGCCAGGCCCGAAGCCGAGCGGGGCUGGGCCGCCCCCGCCGCGCCUGCUUGCCCGCCCGGGAUGCGGCGCUGAGGCCCAGCAUGGCUGGCCCGGGCCCCACCUUCCCGCUGCACCGGCUCGUCUGGGCAAACCGGCACCGCGAACUGGAGGCCGCGCUGCACAGUCGCCAGCACGACAUUGAACAGGAGGACCCCCGAGGUCGGACCCCCCUGGAACUGGCUGUGUCCCUGGGGAACCUGGAGUCUGUGAGAGUCCUCCUUCGACACAACGCCAAUGUGGGCAAAGAGAGCCGUCAGGGCUGGGCAGUCCUGCAGGAGGCGGUCAGCACUGGAGACCCAGAGAUGGUGCAGCUGGUGCUCCAGUAUCGCGACUUUCAGAGGGCCACGCAGAGGCUAGCUGGCAUUCCAGAGUUGCUCAACAAACUCCGCCAGGCCCCCGAUUUCUACGUGGAGAUGAAGUGGGAGUUUACCAGUUGGGUGCCCCUUGUGUCCAAGAUGUGCCCGAGUGAUGUGUACCGAGUGUGGAAGCGGGGUGAGAGCCUCCGGGUGGACACCAGUCUCCUGGGGUUUGAGCACAUGACCUGGCAGCGUGGCCGGAGAAGCUUCAUCUUCAAGGGCCAGGAGGCAGGAGCCCUGGUGAUGGAAGUGGACCAUGACCGGCAGGUGGUGCACACAGAGACACUAGGGCUUGCUCUGCAUGAGCCCGAAGCACUGCUGGCCGCCAUGCGGCCCAGCGAGGAACAUGUGGCCAGUCGCCUCACCUCCCCUAUCGUCUCCACCCACCUGGACACUCGCAAUGUGGCCUUUGAGAGGAACAAAUGUGGUAUCUGGGGAUGGCGGUCUGAGAAGAUGGAAACUGUCAGCGGCUACGAGGCCAAGGUGUACAGUGCCACCAAUGUGGAGCUGGUGACACGCACACGCACGGAGCACCUAUCUGAUCAGGACAAGUCGAGGAGCAAAGGGGGGAAGACUCCGUUCCAGUCCUUCCUGGGGAUGGCCCAGCAGCACUCCUCCCACAGCGGGGCUCCUGUGCAGCAGGCAGCCAGCCCUACCAACCCUACAGCCAUUUCCCCCGACGAAUACUUUGACCCCAGCUUCAGUCUGGAGUCCAGAAACAUCGGCCGCCCCAUCGAGAUGUCCAGCAAAGUACAGAGGUUCAAGGCCACAUUGUGGCUGAGUGAGGAGCAUCCCCUUUCCCUGGGUGACCAGGUGACGCCCAUCAUUGACCUGAUGGCCAUCAGCAAUGCUCACUUUGCCAAGCUGCGUGAUUUCAUCACCCUGCGCCUCCCACCUGGCUUCCCCGUCAAGAUUGAGAUUCCCCUCUUCCACGUGCUGAAUGCCCGCAUCACCUUUAGCAACCUAUGUGGCUGUGAUGAGCCCCUGGGCUCCGUGUGGGUGCCCGCCCCCAGCACUGCCGUGGCCGCUUCAGGGAGCCCUUUCCCAUGUGAGGUAGACCCCACCGUGUUUGAGGUGCCCGAGGGAUACAGUGUGCUGGGCGCAGAGCGCAGCGAGCCCCUUCGAGACGAAGAUGAUGACCUGCUGCAGUUUGCCAUCCAGCAGAGCCUGCUUGAGGCAGGCACAGAGGCCGAGCAGGUGACUGUUUGGGAAGCCCUGACCAACACACGUCCUGGCACUCACCCUCCUCCCCAAAACACAGUGUAUGAGGAGCAGCUUCAGCUGGAGCGGGCCCUCCAGGAAAGCCUGCGGCUGUCCACAGGGUCCAGGGGUCCUGGAUCUCCUCAGAGGACGCCCCCAUCCCCUGUCCCUCCAAGCUUUGAGGAGCAGCUUCGACUGGCCCUGGAGUUGUCUUCGCGGGAGCAAGAGGAGCUGGAGCGGCGGGGGCAGCAGGAGGAGGAGGAUUUACAGCGGAUCCUGCGGCUGUCGCUCACUGAGCACUGAGCCAUCUGGCCCUGGGAGGGGGUCUGUCCCAAGACUCUCUCGCCUGCUUUUGUAAUUUGUUUAUUUAUUUAUAAACUGCUGCUGAGCUGGGGGCCUGGAGCCCUAGGAGUGGGCUGGCAGUGGGAACCAAGAUGGAAAUAAACCGUCAGCAACA